AUUACUUAAUACUUAAUUAUUAAAUAUUAUAACUCAUUUAUAUGCGUUUUUAUUUUCAGCCUUCGUCGUAUCGUCACGCGGAGAUUUGUGCAGCGAAGUCAACUGCAACUUUGAAAGAUACGUGUUGUGCAGAUACAAAGAUCUGAAUCUAAACGGCAGCCGUCAGUGGCACGUGCAGCGAGUGAAAUGGAACCCGGUAUACAACAGAGGACGAUUUUGCAACGCCGUUGGAGUCGUGGAACUUGGCCCUAAAGAAGCAGCAGCGAUCGAAGCCCAGACAUUCUUCAAAACCCCGCACACGAUUCAACUCAAAUAUCUGGUUCAUUUUCCGGACGUCCAACUGUCGGUCUGUUGCGAUCAGUAUCCAAAAAUGUGCUAUUUUCGGUCAAAUCCUAAUUUUGACUACAAAUCAGUAAUGUGGAAGACCGGCAUUAUAACGUGUCCUUCUAACACAACAAAGAUUACUAUCAGAGCUGAAAACUACGGCACCAUGACGGCGGCGGUGUACAUUGACGAUAUAGACUUGGUAGAGGAGUCGAACGAUCCUGAUGAACCUUAUGUCUCGUACUGUGUACCAAAUGUCCAGCGGUUCUGA